ACGCCGCCAUGUUCGCCACAGGGACUGCGACGAACGGGAGCGGCGACGGCGCCGUCACCGUGAACGGACUGGCACAGUGCACGAGGGACCUGUCGGAUGACGGGUGCAGCCAGUGCUUGCAGCAGAUACGGGGCAUGUACGCGGGUUACGAAGCGAGGCAAGGGGGCAGGGUGCUCGCCAAGAGCUGUAAUUUUAGGUAUGAGAUCAAUCAGUUUUAUCAAGGGAAGCGGGAUGUUGUGCUUAAUCUGACGACUCCGAUGAAACCGCCGACUCCGCCGCCCGCUCCGAACAAUCAGAUUUCAACUGUAGAAGGAAGCAAGAAUAACACCAAGAAGGUGCUACUUCUGAGCAUCAUGAUUCCAAUCGUAGUAAUUGUUGUGAUGCUGCUAAUAACCUUGUGCAUUUACUUCUGGAAGAAGAGAGUAACGAAACUUACCCUCAGUAAGCAUAGAGCUAAUAAGCCAGGCAUCACUAAUAUGGAGGACAUCUCAAAUGAUGACUUGCGACUACUAGAUCUGUCCACUUUAAAAGUUGCAACAGAUAACUUCUCGGAAGCAAAUAAGCUCGGAGAAGGUGGAUUUGGUUCAGUCUACAAGGGAAAACUUGCAGAUGGACAAGAGAUAGCUGUAAAGAGACUUUCCGCAACCUCAACACAAGGAGUAGACGAGUUGAAAAAUGAAUUUAUGUUGGUUGCUAAACUUCAGCACAGAAACCUUGUCAAACUCCUCGGUGGUUGCUUAGAAGAACAAGAGAAGUUGCUUGUUUAUGAAUAUGUGCCUAAUGGAAGUUUGGACAAACUUUUGUUCGAUCCUGUCAAAUGCAAACUAAACUGGGGACAAAGGUUUAAUAUCAUAGGAGGAAUUGCACGAGGUCUAUUCUACCUACACGAAGAAUCCCACCUAAAUGUUAUACAUCGAGACCUGAAAGCUAGCAACAUCCUGUUAGAUACAGACAUGACCGCAAAAAUUUCAGAUUUUGGUUUGGCAAGGCUAUUUUCUGGAGAUGAAACACGGGGCAUUACAAGUAGAGUGGUUGGAACUUUUGGUUACAUGGCACCGGAGUAUGCACUGCACGGACAUUUCUCUACCAAAGUCGAUGUUUUCAGCUAUGGAGUGCUUUCUUUGGAGAUGGUCACUGGAAAAAUGUGUAGCAGAUUUUAUGACCAUGAGCGUGCCGAAGACUUCCUGAGCUAUGUGUGGGAGUAUUGGAGCAAAGGUUCAAUAUUAGAGAUUGUAGACCCAUCUUUGGAAACUUUUUCGAAGAACGAGAUACUGAGAUGCAUCCACAUAGCUUUAUUGUGUGUUCAAGAAGUUCCAGAUGAAAGACCUUCGAUGUCAUCGGUAGUUGUCAUGCUCCAUAGUCCCUCGGUGCCCCUGAAUACUCCUACGCAACCUAGGUUCGCCCAAGGGAUGAUUAGUUCUAAUAUGUUACCAAAGCCAACAGAUGUGGGUUCUAGUGAUGAGUUUGCGAGGAUGCCAUUACCAGUUUCAGUAAAUGAUGUUUCCAUUACAGAAAUGCAACCACGGUAGAUACAAACAGAUGCAAAUAAGUUCUUCACAUCUUAGAUGAUUUUGUGAAUGACCUCUUCAUGUAGUAAUUCAUCAUGAUCCUUAUCACGGUUAUCAUUAUCAUCGUCGAUGCAUUCCUUGUAAUAGGCGGGUCAACUACGGAAUCUAAAAAUAACUAUAGAAGGUUGUAUGAAAACAAUUAAUAUUGCAAUUUAUAUU